CAAUGUUGAUCGUUUCGAUUUUACAACGCCCACCGGAUCCACCUCCAAAGUAUUACUUUACUCUGCCACGUGCAUUUGUUACUCAUCACAUCUGUUCGUGAUAAAAAUAACUCGUCAGUAAUAGCUCUGGGCGAUAGCUAAAAUGCUAAUCUGAAGGAUGAACCUGGACUAGCUUAUACGUGCUGUUGUGCUAUAUGUUAACAAGAAGGUUCGUUUUGUUGAUUGUGCCGUGUUUCAUUUGCUGAACUUUGAAUAAGUGUGCAAAAUGGACAAACUGAGGAAUUUCUUUAAUGGAGAAGAGGAUACUGCUGAUGAACAAAAUGGAAUUAUCGAUCAGACUGAUGUGGAUUUUGUGAUCACCGACAGUUUUCAACUAAGCAACAGUACUAGAUUCAAAGGAUUCGUUGCAUGCUUUGUCAUUGGCUUUCUACUGUUUAUACUUGCUUCGUUUCCACUGUUCUUACCUGGAGGUGUUAAAAUUUUUGUUAUAUUUUAUACGUUUGGAAACAUUUUGUUGAUUGCUAGUACUUGUUUUCUAAUGGGACCAAUAAACCAACUCAAAAAAAUGUUUGCGCCAACAAGAAUCAUUGCAACUAUAUUGGUAUUUGUUUCUCUUGGUCUAGCGCUUUAUUUUGCACUAAUACGAAGAAUAGCGAUAACUUCGUUACUGUUCAUUAUCAUCCAGACUUUGGCAAUGUUGUGGUAUUCCUUAUCCUAUAUACCCUAUGCAAGGGACGCUGUGAAAAAGACUGUUGAAGCAUGCAUAGCGUAAUAUUUUGAAAUAACAUUUUUUUUAACAUCAUGCCUAUUGUGUAAGCCUUUAAAUACUGUUAUUUAAAGUACUCUUAAAAUUGUCUAAAAUUAUAUUAAUGUUUAUACGUAUGCACUUCUAAAUGAGUAAUAAUUGUGUCCAAAUAGUGCCUAAAUAUUCACAUUCUUUAAACCUUGGAUUACGUGUUUUGUGGAAUGUGAAUUUACUUGUAACAUAUUUUUUUAAUCACAUAAUGUUAAAUAACACUGUUUUAUUAUAAAAAAAGUUAUAAAAUGUUUAUUAAUGUGUAUGAACUAAAAUAUGUAAAAUACUAUUUACACACAAAUGUAAGAGUGCAUUUUUUAAAUCUACAGAGUUAAUUACAAAUAUUCAAGUUAUUCUUGCACAAAUACCAGUGUAUUUUGGUAAAUAUAGGCGUUGCUACUCGUGUGAAUCUUAUACUACACGUGCGAGAAAUCGCCUUUUUCACACUUGGCGUAAAUAAUUAAAUCAUUAUUGUAACUAUAAGCUUGUUACAACACAUAUUUUGUAUUAUGAAUAAAAUUUGAUUUAUUUUUUUAAGUUUUAUGAAUCAUUUUAGUUUUAUAGUUUGAAUACUCACGAUGUUACAGAAAAAUAUGAAUGUAAAACGAAAGCUACAAGUUAAAUAUAAGA